CAGAGCAUAAUUAUCAUCUCCACAGUGGCUGUUGUACCUUGUAGCGUCGUUUUUAGGGACUGACUCUCACUGGGUCUCUUUCGUUUGCCGCUAUUUUUCACUCUCAACCUCUACCCAUCAGUCUCUUUGGAUUCUCUAUCUUGGGUUCAAUAUUUUGCCGAUGGCAUCGACCCUUUUGAGUAGAACCCUUUUGGUUAAUCGAUUUGCUCAUUCUAUUUCCUUUCCAUCUGGCAAGACCCAGAUUCUUCCUUCCGUCUUCAGUAAGAAAUUAUUUCAAUUUCGACCAAACUCAGCCAGUGUUGCAUAUAAUCCGACUAGGCGAUUUUCAUCUUUCAUGGCUUCAUCUGUAGCAGGGGCUAAAGCUCAUUUUUCAUCAAAAUCCUUAUCCACGGAUGAUCCUAUUGUUUCCCCUGAUUGGCUACAUUCUAAUCUCAAAGAGCCUGACUUGAAGGUGUUAGAUGCAUCAUGGUACAUGCCAGAUGAACAAAGAAAUCCUAUUCAGGAGUACCAGGUUGCUCACAUCCCUGGUGCCCUUUUCUUCGAUGUAGAUGGAGUAUCUGACCGAACUUCAAAGUUACCACAUAUGUUGCCAUCAGAGGAAGCUUUUGCUGCUGUUGUCUCUGCCCUUGGCAUUAGCAACAAAGAUGGUGUGGUUGUUUAUGACGGAAAGGGACUUUUUAGUGCAGCUCGUGUCUGGUGGAUGUUCAGAGUAUUUGGGCAUGACAGAAUUUGGGUGCUUGAUGGAGGAUUGCCGAAAUGGCGUACAUUAGGAUAUGAUGUUGAAUCCAGUGCAUCUGGUGAUGCCAUUUUGAAAGCUACGGCUGCAAGCGAGGCAAUAGAGAAAAUAUAUCAGGGGCAAGCUGUUGGGCCAAUUACAUUUCAGACCAAGUUUCAGCCACAUCUGGUCUGGGACCUUGAGAAGGUUCAAGAGAAUAUUACAGAAAGAACUCACCAGCUCAUAGAUGCCCGAUCAAAGGCCAGAUUUGAUGGGGCUGUCCUGGAGCCUCGGAAAGGAAUCAGAAGUGGCCAUGUUCCUGGCAGCAAGUGCAUUCCUUUUCCCCAGAUGCUGGAUAGUUCACAGUCCCUUUUACCAGCAGAUCAGCUCAAGAAACGGUUUGAACAAGAAGGCAUCUCUUUGGAAAAUCCUAUUGUAACUUCUUGUGGCACUGGUGUUACUGCCUGUAUUCUUGCAUUGGGCCUUCAUCGACUUGGGAAACAUGAUGUUCCAGUUUACGAUGGAUCUUGGACUGAAUGGGGAGCUCAUUCUGACACACCUGUUGACACUGCUUCAUAACUGCGGCUACCAUUCCUUACAAAUUUUCUUGUAAAUGCUCACAACUUGUUUUUGUUCUUUUCUUUUCUUAUCAAUCUGAGAACUCAACUUACAUUUGUGCUGUUAUUUUUUCACCUCAAACUAUAACUCAAAUCACUUUUUGUCUCAUCACAUGAAAAUAAAUUUCUGUUGCAUUUUUUCUUUUUUUUGGUCCAAUAAUGGAUGAUAUGAGAAACAAAUUGUCCACCUUGAUAUUAAUGGCAAAUUGAGAAGGGAUUUAAUCAGCA